UACCAUUUCAUAAGAAUAUGGCACACCUGCUGAAGACAGUGGUGACUGGCUGUUCUUGUCCUUUACUUAACUUGAGGUCCUGUAAAAUUCUACCUGGGAAGAAGGAUUCUUUGCGAACAUUUCAUACUCAUCAGGCAUUGUGGUGCAAAACCCCUGUGAAAUCAGGAGUUCCAUACAAGCAACUGACUGUUGGUGUUCCGAAGGAGAUUUUCCAAAAUGAGAAGCGAGUGGCCUUGUCUCCUGCUGGUGUUCAGACCUUGGUUAAGCAAGGGUUUAAUGUUGUAGUGGAGACAGGUGCUGGAGAAGCUUCCAAGUUCUCAGAUGAUCACUAUAGAGCGGCGGGUGCCCAGAUCCAAGGGACAAAGGAAGUGCUGGCGUCUGAUGUGGUGGUCAAAGUGCGAGCCCCCAUGGUUAAUCCAACAUUGGGUGUCCAUGAAGCAGAUCUUUUGAAGACAUCAGGGACACUAAUUAGUUUUAUUUACCCAGCCCAAAAUCCAGACCUGCUAGAUAAACUUUCCAAAAGAAAAGCUACAGUUCUUGCAAUGGACCAGGUUCCACGCGUCACAAUUGCUCAGGGAUAUGAUGCUCUGAGCUCCAUGGCGAACAUUGCUGGUUACAAGGCUGUUGUACUUGCAGCAAAUCAUUUUGGACGUUUUUUUACUGGUCAGAUCACAGCUGCUGGAAAAGUUCCGCCAGCAAAGAUUCUGAUUGUUGGUGGUGGUGUGGCUGGGCUGGCGUCUGCAGGUGCUGCAAAGUCCAUGGGUGCAAUUGUGCGGGGAUUUGACACCAGAGCUGCAGCUUUGGAGCAGUUCAAAUCUCUUGGUGCUGAGCCCUUGGAGGUGGACUUGAAGGAAUCUGGUGAGGGACAAGGAGGAUAUGCAAAAGAGAUGUCCAAAGAAUUCAUCGAUGCAGAAAUGAAACUCUUUGCUCAGCAGUGCAAGGAGGUGGACAUCCUCAUCAGCACAGCCCUGAUACCAGGUAAAAAAGCUCCAGUUUUAUUUAGUAAAGAAAUGAUUGAGUCCAUGAAGGAAGGUUCAGUUGUUGUGGAUUUAGCUGCAGAGGCUGGUGGAAACUUUGAAACUACUAAGCCAGGAGAGCUCUAUGUUCAUAAGGGAAUAACUCACAUAGGCUAUACAGACCUUCCCAGCCGAAUGGCUACUCAGGCCAGCACCCUGUAUUCCAACAACAUCACCAAACUCCUGAAGGCCAUCAGCCCUGACAAAGAUAAUUUUUGCUUUGACGUGAAAGAUGACUUCGAUUUUGGUACAAUGGGUCAUGUCAUUAGAGGAACUGUAGUGAUGAACAAUGGUAAAGUGAUUUUCCCUGCUCCCACACCAAAAACUAUUCCUCAAGGUGCCCCAGAAAAACAGAAGUCAGUGGCUGAGCUGGAGGCUGAGAAGAUAGCUGCUGUGACUCCUUUUAGAAAGACGAUGACAACAGCUUCUGCAUAUACAGCAGGUCUCACAGGAGUGUUGGCUUUGGGCAUUGUGGCCCCCAACUUAGCCUUUUCUCAGAUGGUGACCACUUUUGGCUUGGCAGGCAUCGUGGGCUACCACACUGUCUGGGGAGUGACCCCUGCUCUCCACUCACCACUGAUGUCUGUCACUAAUGCCAUCUCAGGGUUGACUGCAGUUGGUGGAUUGGCACUGAUGGGAGGACAUAUGUAUCCUUCUACAACCUCUCAGGGCCUUGCUGCUCUCGCUACAUUCAUAUCCUCAGUCAACAUUGCAGGUGGUUUUCUGGUGACUCAGAGAAUGCUGGACAUGUUCAAGCGCCCCUCUGAUCCCCCUGAGUACAACUACCUCUAUCUGCUUCCUGCUGGUACCUUUGUUGGAGGCUAUUUAGCUGCCCUCAAUGGUGGUUAUAACAUUGAGCAAAUCAUGUACCUGGGCUCAGGUUUGUGCUGCGUUGGUGCUCUGGCUGGCCUUUCCACCCAAGGCACAGCUCGUCUUGGCAAUGCUUUGGGUAUGAUUGGGGUGGCUGGAGGCAUAGCAGCCACUCUUGGAAGCCUCAAACCAUGCACCGAAUUGUUAGCUCAGAUGUCUGGAGCCAUGGCGUUGGGUGGCACUAUUGGACUGACAAUUGCCAGGCGUAUCCAGAUCUCAGAUUUACCCCAGUUAGUUGCUGCUUUCCACAGUCUAGUGGGCUUGGCAGCCAUGCUCACCUGCAUAGCAGAGUACAUCAUCGAGUACCCACAUUUUGCGAUGGAUGCAACAACCAAUCUCACCAAGAUUGUGGCCUAUCUUGGUACUUAUAUUGGUGGUGUCACGUUUAGUGGGUCUCUUAUUGCAUAUGGAAAACUGCAGGGAAUCCUGAAAUCGGCCCCUCUUCUGCUCCCUGGAAGGCACUUGCUCAAUGCGGGCCUGCUGGCUGCUAGCUUUGGUGGCAUGAUCCCAUUCAUGAUGGACCCCAGCUUUACCACUGGGAUCACCUGUUUGGGCUCCGUGUCAGCCCUCUCUGCUGUCAUGGGUGUGACUUUGACAGCAGCAAUCGGGGGCGCUGACAUGCCUGUGGUCAUCACAGUGCUGAACAGCUACUCUGGCUGGGCCUUGUGUGCAGAGGGCUUCCUGCUCAACAACAACCUGUUGACCAUCGUCGGUGCCCUCAUUGGCUCCUCUGGUGCCAUCCUGUCCUACAUCAUGUGUGUGGCAAUGAAUCGCUCCCUUGCUAAUGUAAUUCUUGGAGGCUAUGGGACCACAUCAACAGCUGGUGGAAAACCCAUGGAAAUUUCCGGUUCACAUACAGAAAUCAACCUUGACAGUGCAAUUGAUAUGAUUCGAGAGGCUAACAGCAUUAUUAUUACUCCAGGUUAUGGUCUGUGUGCAGCUAAAGCUCAGUACCCCAUUGCAGACUUGGUAAAGAUGCUUAUUGAACAGGGCAAAAAAGUCAGGUUUGGAAUUCACCCAGUUGCAGGCCGAAUGCCUGGUCAACUUAAUGUGCUGCUGGCUGAAGCAGGAGUGCCAUAUGAUAUUGUGUUGGAAAUGGAUGAAAUCAACCAUGAUUUCCCAGACACUGACUUGGUCCUUGUAAUUGGAGCCAAUGAUACUGUUAAUUCAGCAGCUCAGGAAGACCCCAACUCUGUAAUUGCAGGCAUGCCAGUGCUUGAGGUCUGGAAAUCAAAGCAGGUAAUUGUUAUGAAGAGGUCCUUGGGUGUGGGCUAUGCUGCAGUGGAUAAUCCAAUCUUCUACAAACCCAACACUGCCAUGCUACUAGGCGAUGCCAAGAAGACAUGUGAUGCAUUGCAGGCCAAAGUGAGAGAGUCCUACCAGGAUAAAUAGAAAGAUCAAGCUGUUGUCUACCAGAGUCACCUCUUCAGCUGUGGCAGGAGGCAAAGUGAACCUCAAUAUGUACAGCUGACAUAUAUCUGUAGCAGCGCACUUGGAAGAAAAGGAAGCCUAAAGAAAGCAACAACAAAUGCAGAGAGAUUUUUUAAGAGCAGUAAUCCUUCAAGUUAAAAAAAAUGAUUGAAAUAUUAAAUGUCUUUCUGUGCAUAUUUUUGUGUGUUAUAAAUCAAAAGUAUUUUGUAAAA